UGGGCUUCGGUAGUUAGCAUAGGAAUAAAUUCCACACAAGGAGUCACCACGAUAUUUGAUCUUGAAACUAGGGAUUCUUUUGUUGAGUCUACCAAUUGUAUAUUGUGCCCCGGCUAUACCUUCGAUCCGACAAAUAGUUCGACAUACAAUAAAACUCAAACAACCUCCUAUAACUCCGGACGAUUUCACAUUAACGAAUAUGGGGUAGAUAUCAUUUCAACUGGAAACGUGACUAUACCAUAUGUUUUCGGAUUGGUAGAUUCUAUUAAUGAUACAGAGUCAGUAGAUUUGUAUGCUACGGGAGUAUUCGGACUUGCUUCUCUUGCUAGUCAACUUUUUAUAAAAUGA